CCGAACAUAGUUUCUAACCGGACCGUAGCUCACGUUGAGGGUCAAUUUAUUUAGAGGAUGUGCUGGUAGUUUCAUUAAAAUGUCAAGUUACUCCAGAUCCGCUCAGCAAUGGGCGACCUUUGCCCGUUCCUGGUUCCUCAUUGAUGCCAGGAUGCAGCCGCCUGGGAAGAUUGCAACUAUGUGUUCUAUUAGAUUACAAGGAAAACACAAACCUAUCUACCACGCACUGAGUGACUGCGGGGACCAUGUGAUAGUAAUAAACAGCAAACACAUAGCUUUCUCUGGGAACAAAUGGGAACAGAAAGUCUACUCGUCACACACGGGGUACCCCGGUGGAUUCAAACAAGUCACAGCUGCCCAGCUCCACCAUAAGGACCCAAAAGCUAUUGUGAGGUUAGCAGUUUACGGCAUGCUGCCUCGGAACCUGCACCGGCGCACCAUGAUGCAGCGGUUACACAUCUUUCCUGAAGAUGAGCUGCCAGACGACAUUCGAGCCAACCUGACAGAGGAGCUGCCUCAGCCCAGAGAAAUACCAAGGAAGCUCAGCGAGUACACUCAGGCGGAAAUAGACGCCUUCCCCAGGCUGUGGACACCACCUGAAGACUACAAGAUGAAAUGAAAUCAAGGCUGCCCAACGAGACCAAGGAAGAAAAAGCUCUUCUAUCAACACAACACUGAAAGCACCAUCCUCUGCUAUUGAUUUGUGUAAAUUUAGCCUGCAGAACUGGUAUCAAGGCUUGACUGCACUUAGCGUAACAUAGAUGCCAAGAACAUCAACAUUAUCCUACUGGGGAACCUCUCUGCCACUCGUAUCGGCUCCAACACGACCGCGGUUGGCCUGAAUUAUCCAGGGACAGCUUGAGAUUUGACUGAGUGGCUCAGCUGUGAGAAAAAUCAGAUUUUGUGGUUUUUCCUCUGAUUAUACACCAUGAAAUGAUCAGAUCUGGCCCAUUAAAAAUGGCAUCUGUUAGAGCUGAUUCUGCCUUUAAGUGUGGGUAAACAGAGAAACCAGUGUGUUGCUAUAUGAGAAUUAGAAAAUGUUAGCCUUGAUCUAGACUUUAGUUUCCAUCGAUAAAUCUGUCCCUUUGUAAGUGAACUGUAAAAAGGCUAAUAAACAGUUUAACGAA